AUGAAGCUUAGUUUGGCAUUUCGCUUUUUAAGUACCAAUAAAGAUUAUCCUUCUCUUAUUACCCAACAAGUAAAAUCUAACCCAAUCGUAAUGUAUUCACGGACAAAUUGCCAGCAGUGUAAUAAAGCUAAACUCUUGUUUUCUGAGUAUAAAUUGACUCCAUAUACAAUUGAAAUAGAUCAACAAGAAGAUGCUACUUCACUGCGUGAAGCAGUCGAAUCCUUAACAAAACAAAAGCGAACUCCAAUGAUCUUUAUUAAAGGAGAAAGUAUCGGCGGCUUAGGCGGCCUCAAAAAUAUGCUUAAAAAUAAACAAAUCCAAGCUGACCUUCAAAAUCUUAAAUAA